GCCCCGGCCUGAGCCGCCGCGCCAGGCCUGGGCCGCGAGUGCGGGGCGCCCGGGGCUGCGCCAGGGCAGCUUCAAGGGGUUCUUGGCCUGCGGGGCCGCAGCUGGACGACCCAGCCUUGGCAGCCGGACUGGGGUGACUGUGCGGGAGGCUGUGAGCGAGUGUGACCCCUGUUUGGGGGUGACUCUGCAGUGAGACUGUGUGUGCGGGUGUGACCCUCGUCUGGGGGUGACUGUGUGACCCCUGUUUGGGGGUAAGUGUGCGUGAGCCGGUGUGUGUGACCCCCAUCUGGGGGUGACUUUGUGUGUGUGGGACCCCCAUCUGCGGGUGACUUGUGAAUUUGAGCCCCGUCUGGGGGGUGACCGUGAGUGUGUGACAGUGUCUCUCGUCCGGGGGUGACUGUGCGGGAUACUGGACGUGGGACCGGGACUCCUGAUUGGGUAACUGCCUGAGAUGCUGGUUCUAAGAUUCAGGACCCUGUGGCUUGUCUCGGCCCUUUCCCUGUGUGCCCGGCUGAAUGUAUGCAUGUGUAUGCCAGCCUGUGUGUGCCUCUCCCUGUGCGUGAAUCUGGCCUGUCCCCUGGGAGCCGUGCCUGUGUGAUGCUGGGGGAGAGGCUGCCGGGUGCCCCUGUGGGUGGUGAGAUUGUUUCCCCCGACUGCACGCCCCUGGAGUUCUGGCUCUGGGUGUGAGUGGCCGUGCCUCUCGGGGGCCGGCGUCACCGUGUGACAGUGGCUGAGUGAGCUCAGGGUGCUGGGUGACUGUGUGUCAUGUCUUUGUGUGCAGCUGAGUCUGGGUUUUUCUUGCUGUGAUAUCUUUCGGGGCUGCAUGUUUUUGUGCAUCUGGCUGUGCAUGUGGCUGCGGCCGACUCUGGGGCUGCUGGGAUUGCACCAGUGCUUUCUGGGGCUGAAAGUGCAUCUUUGCGCUGUGCGGGUUUCUGUGCGUCUGCGUGUGACCCAGGCUGUCCUGGACUGGUGCCUUCUUGCUCUGGGGUUACUGAGGAAUUGGUCCUCUGAGUGCACAGUUGGGUUGGACCGUGCUAGUCUGGGCCUCGGGCCUCCGAGCAGUAGAACCAGUUGGGUCUAAACUCACAUCUGUGGCCGGACUGAGUGCUGACCUGCAGACACAGCAGGCUGGAGGAGGCGGCAGGGAGCUGUUUAGGGAAGGGAGAGGAGGCUGGAGGAGGGGCCCUGCAGGCCCAGGAAGUGGCCCCGCCAGCAUCUGGGCAAUUCAGGCCCCUUCUCCCUGGGGGGAAGUUGACUGAUAACAUGGAAAGGUUUGUGUGUGUUUGUGAGAGAAGAGGACCUCUUUGCGGUUUAACAGCCCUGCCUGUCCCACCAGCUCCUGGUGGGGAAGCUCUUCAGCCUGUUUUGCUGGGACUGGCACUCUCAGAGUGGCUGCAGGGUUGAACCUCACAGCCCCCUUCUCUCAAGGAGAAGCCAUUAAUGAGUUAUCUUGUCUACAGACAGAAGAUUCUAACAGUCCCUGCUCUGCACGGUGGCCAGUAGCCUGCAGCUGAGGAGUCUGCAGUAGCUUCUGGCCUCCCCACAGAGACAUCUGUUCCCCUACAUCAUUUCUACAACUGCUGUCUUGCAGUUUACAAAGUACUUCUCUGCACUUAAUCUCAUGGUCCCUUCUCAAAAACGAGUGAAGAGUUCAGCUCCAGGAAGAGGUUAGACGAAGAGCCUCUCAUCCUAGGUCUCUGAUUCUAAACCCCACGUUCCCUGCGUUACUUUGCACCUGAUCUAUUUCUGCUUUAGACACAUUUAAAAAUUUUCAUUUUAUUAUCUCAUUUUUUAGCUGAGAUAGAAUUCCCAUACCAUAAAUCCACCAUUGUAAAGUGUACAGUUCAGUGGGUUUUAGUGUAUGCACAAGGUUGUACAAGCAUCACCACGAAUUCCAGAACAUUUUCAUCACCCCCAAAAGAAACCUCACACCCCUGAGCCAUCAGCCACAGCCUCCCUCCCACCACCCCUGCCCUGCUGUAACCAACUCUAGGCAACCACUCAUGUACUUUCUGUCUCUGUGUAUUUGCUUAUUCUGGGCAUUUCAUAUAAGUGGAAUCAUACACUAUGUGGCCUUUUGUGUCAGGCUUAUUUCACUCACCAUCAUGUUUUCAGGGCUCAUCCGUGUUGCAGCACGUGUCAGGACCUCAUUCCUUUUUACGGCCGAGUAAUAUUCUAUGGUACGGAUGUACAUUUUGUUGGACAUUGGGGUUGUUUCCACUAGGCACAUUUUAAAUUAUAAUAGAAAGCCUUAUUUUCACCAAAUGCCAGUGACCUCCAAAAUAAGAAUAAAACUCAACCAGCUUUUAUUCAGCUUGAGUAAAUCAGUGGCAUUAGUUGCCCAGGGAGCCAGCAGAGGCUGGGAUGUUCCCUGGAAGGUGAGGCUUUCUUCCAUGUGGGGCGAGGCACAAAGAUGCAAGAAGGAACAGAGAGGGCAGGCGUGUGUGCACAGGAUCAGGAGACGUGGACCAGGCCGGCUGUGCCUCUGGUCUGACCUUCCUCAGGUUACUUCCCUUCUCUGGGCCUCAGCUCAUCUGAAAGGGCUGGCUUCCCUCUAAUGUGUGUUCUUUGGCUUUCUUCUCUGGAAUAACUGACCUUGUGUUGCCUUUCAUCCUGAGAAUCUCAGAGAGUGAGCGAGAAUUAAAUGAUUUUGAAGCCUGUAUCCCCCCCGCCCCCCAUCAUUUCCUUACUCCUCAAAAUGUGCAUCCUUCGUUGAGUCAGAGACACUCAGGGCAUUUCUUUCCUUCCCCAGCCCGUGGUCCUGCUGCACGGCGUGGGAACUAAGGGAAGUCACAGCCCGACCUGCAAAGCAGUGCUUCCCUCUUUUUAAGUUUUGUUCCUUCCCCCCCAGUCUUUUUUUUUUUGCAGUACGCGGGCCUCUCACUGUUGUGGCCUCUCCCGUUGCGGAGCACAGGCUCCGGACGCGCAGGCUCAGCGGUCAUGGCUCACGGGCCCAGCUGCUCCGCGGCAUGUGGGAUCUUCCCAGACCGGGGCACGAACCCGUGUCCCCUGCAUCGGCAGGCGGACUCUCAACCACUAGCGCCACCAGGGAAGCCCCUCCCCCCCCCAUCUUUAAUUAUCUCAUUAAUCUUGUCUCAUUCUUUUGUGAGAACAGGCAGAGAGCCCAAGAAUAGGUAAAGCAGUAGCUCUCAGGAAUGGGUUGUAAUGUUGUGAUUUUUUUUUUUUUUUUUUUACGUUGUGGUUUUUGACAGAUGUUCAAGGUGACUAAUUUUCAUGGGCAGAUCUCCAGUCCCUUUGAGGUGGCGGGGUUGGAUCAGGGUUGCUCAGCCCCAGCAUUGCCGAUGUUGGGUGAGCCGUCUGUUGCAGGGGCCAGUCCUGUGUGUUGGAGGAAGUGUAGCAGCACUCUGACCUCUACCCACUAGAUGCCAGUAGCAUCCUCCCAAAAAAGGCUCCAGCCUUGCCUGGCGUCCCCUGCUGAGAUCCGUUGCCCCCAGUUGAGAACCACUGGGUUAGACCCAGCAGUCUCUUCCAAGUUUGUUCCUGCGGUUGUGUGAGUUGUUUUGUGUAUGUUUCACUUCGGCACCGAAGUUGGUGGCCCUGUGGUCAGCAGAGCUGUCCCCGAUGUUUCCACUUCUCCUUCGUUGUCGGGUAGGGAGUGUGAGAAAUAACUGAUGGUCUCUGCCUCUGCCCAGUGCGUUACAUACAUGAUCUAAUGACAGCGUAGGACCAGGACCCUCUGCUGGACUCAUUCCUUGGUGAAAUUGCCACCUGUGGCGUGUGUGCCUUGCUGCCCAGACCUCUCUCUACAUGAUCUCCGUAACCCUUUUCCCACCACUGCUGGCUUCUGUCUGGUUUCUGUCCUCAGUCAGCCUUGCAUCUCUUCCAGCCAUCACUGCUUUCCAGGUUUCUCUCUUCCCCAUUCAAUGGGCUCCUCUGUGUAACAUACAAAACAUGCCAAGUCCCAGUGGUGCAGAGUCGUUGGGAUGUGUGUUUUCUUCUCAUUUAAGUUUUCUCCUUGAAAGAAAAAAAAGGAAAAAUUGCAGUCAGGGCUUAAAUCGUGGUUACUCUUGGAGCCUCUAACGCCCUUGGCCUUGUAACAUUUAGGAAAUAUUAAAUGUCCCUUUCUUUCAUGUCUAUAAAUAAACCAAUAGCCUAGAAAGUUUUAUAUUAAACUUUAAGCCUUUUUGAGAACCACCAAGAGCUUCAUGACCCACAGACAGCCUGAUCCUGGCCACGUUCCAUUAAGAAAGACUUGCCUGGAAUGGUGGUGGUGGUGGUGGUGGUGGUGGUUUUAUUUAUUUAUUUUUUAACUUGUGUGUUGUGGCUUAAAAUGGUGUUGAUCACUCAGCUGUUGCCUAGCUUGAAGGGAGGAAACAGCCUCUUAAGACAUUGCCCCCUCCCCUUAAAACAGAAAAACAGGAUAUGCUCCAAAGCAGCCCUGGAAAAUGGAGAGCUCAGGGCUGAACAAGCGUGUGGAGUAGCAGCGCCGGCCAGGAGCGCUCUGUUAGCAGGCAUCCGUCUGCGAUGCCUUGGAAGGCAUGUGGGGAAACAUCAGGAAACCUGAAAAUUCCUCCGCGGAAAUUACUCAGGGGAGCAGCAGAGCAGGAUUGUUGGAGGCUGGCAGCGAUGAAGAUCGCAAGUUAAACCACAGCUUAAGUGAGAGUUUUUUCAUGGUGAAAGGAGCAGCCCUCUUCUUACAACAGGGAAGCAGCCCUCAAGGCCAGCGGAGUCUUCAGCAUCCCCACAAGCAUGCAGGGGACCUGCCUCAACAUCUUCAAGUAAUGAUCAACCUUCUGCGUUGUGAAGAUAGAAUCAAGCUGGCCGUGCGCUUGGAGAGCGCCUGGGCUGAGCGGGCCCGCUACAUGGUGGUGGUGGACAGCAGCGGGCGCCAGGACACGGAGGAGAGUAUCCUGCUGGGAGUCGACUUUUCCAGUAAGGAAAGUAAAAGCUGUACCAUUGGGAUGGUUCUCCGACUGUGGAGCGACACAAAAAUCCACCUUGACGGAGACGGUGGAUUCAGCGUCAGCACGGCAGGAAGGAUGCACAUCUUCAAGCCCGUGUCUGUCCAGGCCAUGUGGUCUGCCCUGCAGGUCCUCCACAAGGCCUGCGAGGUGGCACGCAGGCACAACUACUUCCCCGGGGGCGUGGCGCUGCUCUGGGCCUCCUACUACGAGAGCUGCAUUGGCUCCGAGCAGAGCUGCAUCAACGAGUGGAACGCCAUGCAGGACCUGGAGUCCACGAGGCCCGACUCCCCUGCCCUGUUCGCGGACAAGCCAACUGAAGGGGAGAGGACGGAGCGUCUCAUCAAAGCCAAACUCCGGAGCAUCAUGAUGAGUCAGGACCUGGAGAACGUGACGUCCAAGGAAAUCCGUAAUGAAUUAGAGAAACAGAUGAACUGUAACUUGAAAGAAUUCAAGGAAUUCAUAGACAACGAGAUGCUCCUUAUCUUGGGACAGAUGGACAAGCCCUCCCUCAUCUUCGACCACCUUUAUCUCGGCUCUGAAUGGAAUGCAUCCAAUCUGGAGGAACUGCAGGGCUCAGGUGUUGACUACAUUUUAAACGUCACUAGAGAAAUAGAUAAUUUUUUCCCUGGCUUAUUUGCGUAUCAUAACAUCCGAGUCUAUGAUGAAGAGACCACAGACCUCCUCGCCCACUGGAACGAGGCGUACCAUUUUAUAAACAAAGCAAAGAGGAACCACUCCAAGUGCCUGGUACAUUGCAAAAUGGGCGUCAGUCGCUCUGCUUCCACGGUCAUAGCCUACGCGAUGAAGGAAUUUGGCUGGCCCCUGGAGAAAGCCUACAACUACGUGAAGCAGAAACGCAGCAUCACACGCCCCAACGCGGGCUUUAUGAGGCAGCUGUCUGAGUAUGAAGGCAUCUUGGACGCCAGCAAACAACGGCACAACAAGCUGUGGCGCCAGCAGCCUGUGGAUGACCCAGCGGGGCCUGGGGACUUCCUGCCGGAGACCCUGGACGGCAGCCCGGAAGCCCAGCCGCCCUGCCUGGACGCCGCCGCCCAGCCUGGGUUCCCGGGCAGCGGGACCCCGGGGGGACCCGCUCUCCCCUGCUGUCUCCGGCGACUCUCAGACCCCCUGUUGCACUGCCCCAGAGACGAGACGGGCGGCUGGGUCCACCUGGAGGACCUGGAGAGGGAUGCUCUGCUGGAAGAAGCCGCUCAGCCGGCAGAGGCAUCCAAGCCGGCCGGACACGCCCCAGGAGGUCCUGGACUCUGUGAGAAGGAAGUGAAGAAGAAACCAGAGUUUGGGAGCCCCCACGCCCGGGGUGGCGCGUCGCCGCAGGUGGAGGAGAUGGAAAGGGAGGAGGCCCCGGGAGCAGGGAAGUGGGGGCAGCCUGUUACUGAGCUCGAUAACCUGCUGAAUUGGGAAAACCUAAAUAACAACAACAGCAAGAGGAGCUGCCCGGACGACUUCGAGCAUGAUGCGAUCUUUGGGAUCCUUAACAAAGUGAAGCCUUCCUACAAAUCCUGCGCCGACUGCAUGUACCCUGCAGCCAGCGGGAUUCCCGAGGCCUUCGGGGAGCGAUGCAAGAACCCCGGUGCUCCCGCCAUCUGCACCCAGCCCACCUUCCUGCCCCACCUCACGUCUUCCCCCAUGGCCCAUGUGGCCAGCAGGUCCCGAGCUUCAGAGAAACUGUCCUCUGGCCCAACCGAAACUCCCCCAUGCCUACCACCAGCAGGCUCGAGGAGGCCAGACAUCAGUAGCCCUGGGGCUGGGGCUGCCCCAGAGCUACCAGCCAGCCUUUUGGAACCUUCCAGAGAGACUCACAAAGUCCUACCAAAGUCCCUCCUUUUGAAGAAUUCUCACUGUGUUAAGAACGCUCCCAACAUGGAAGUAGCGAAGGACGACUCGCCACCCAAGAAAGAUCCGAAGCCAGCCAAGGACCUGCGGCUCCUGUUCAGUAAAGAAGCCGAGAAACCGACAGCCAACAGCUACCUGAUGCAGCACCAGGAAUCCAUCAUCCAGCUGCAGAAGGCGGGCUUGGUCCGCAAGCACACCAAAGAACUAGAGAGGCUGAAGGGCACGCCGGCCGACCUGGCGGCCCCCUGCAAGGAUGGCCCCGCCAGCAGGCUGGAGGCCAGCAUCCCCGAGGAGAGCCAGGACCCGGCUCUGCCUGGCCAGGCCCAGGGCGACGAGAAGCCCGAGGCUGGCCCCCCUCCGUCAGAAGGAGCCCCACUGAAGAGCCCCCCGCUCUUCCUCUGCCGCCCAGACCACACCAGUCACUUCUCAAAAGACUUCCUGAAGACCAUCUGCUACACCCCGACCUCAUCCUCCAUGAGCUCCAACCUGACCCGGAGCUCAAGCAGCGACAGCAUCCACAGCGUCCGUGGGAAGCCCGGGUUGGUGAAGCAGCGCACGCAGGAGAUCGAGACCCGGCUCCGGCUGGCGGGCCUCACGGUCUCGUCCCCGCUCAAGCGCUCUCACUCCCUCGCCAAGCUCGGGAGCCUCAACCUCUCGACGGAGGACCUGUCCAGUGAGGCCGACGUGUCCACCGUGGCUGACUCCCAGGAUGCCAGGUUGAGCGAGUCUUCCUUCUUGCAUGAGCCCCCAGUGGCCCCCAGGAACCCAACUGCAACCUCUAAACCAUCAGGGAAAUCUGCCCCGGAAAACUUGAAAAGCCCUUCGUGGAUGAGCAAAAGCUGACCCGCCUUUGGCUGCGUUUGGACUUCUGUGAUCCCUCCUUUAGUUUCACUGUGGAUUUUGGUCCACCCCUUCUGUCUUGAUUUCCUUUAAAUAAUUGGCGUUAUCCUUACUUUUCCUCCCCUCUUGCGGCAAAGGGGAGAAGAAGAAACAACAAUACCUAACAUACAGCACAAGAAGAAAGGGGAGCAUUGGUUUUGUAGCCUGGGGGAACCAGCAGCUGUUGACCAGUAGACUCUGACUCCAAAUGAGGUGUUCCGGGUGCUUCUCGUGUGUUAAGAAGAGCAUUUAUACAGCGAUGCACACACAUCAAAAAUCCUCUGGCACGGGGCUUCCCUGGUGAUGCAGUGGUUAAGAAUCCGCCUGCCAAUGCAGGGGACACGGGUUCGAGCCCUGGCCCGGGAAGACCCCACAUGCCGCAGAGCAACUAAGCCCAUGCGCCACAACUACCGAGCCUGCGCUCAUAGAGCUCACGCUCCGCAACAAGAGAAGCCACGACAAUAAGAAGCCCGCUCACCGCAGUGAAGAGCAGCCCCUGCUCGCCACAACUAGAGAAAUCCCGUGCACAGCAAUGAAGACCCAACACAGCCAAAAAACAAAACAUCCUCCGGCACAACCUGCAAAGGAAUAGCUGUGGCAUUGGCAUCGCCACCACGGCACGUGUCCUAGCUCAUUCAGGCCCUUCUGGGAAAACUCCUGGAUGGCAAUAGAAGUCCUACCUCUGAUCCUGCUCUGCUUUUUAUUUUUAAACUCCAAUAAUGACCAAGGCUCAUUCCAGGGAAAAAUGCUGUGUCAGAAAAGAUUUUUCCGAAAGAGAACUUUCUGUUGUGCGGUUGUCAGGACCCCAAAAAGUAUUAAGACUUUUAAGGUGCCUGCGCCAAACACUGCUAGUUAAAGUGACACGAAGGCGCGAAUGCUGCUGUCAGACCAACUCCAGGGUGAGUGGAGGUCCUCUGAGCAGCUGACUUGCCUGUCCUGGCGUGCUGUCACAGCUGAGUGACGUGUGUCUGGCCGGCCCUGGGGUGAGGUGGGGGGAAAUGUGUGUGGGAUCCUCAGUUUGUUGCUAAAGGUCAGUCUUCAGUUGUCCCCCAUCUGGGGAGAAGGACCCACAAAGUAUCAUUGAGUCUUAUCUGCUGCGGAACCCAAUGCGGUCGUGUUGUGGUUCGUAGGGACUCAAGUGUCUGGCGGGGCCGGGGAUUCUGAGAUGUGGGUCACCCCGUCAGGAGCCCCAGCACUCAGGUUCAUUAGGUCACAUGUACUCACGUUUGGGGAGGAAAAGGAGAUUUCAGCAGUGAGGAACGCUCAGUCACUCUCAAGGAACAACUUAGCAGCAGCUUCUCUGAGAAGUGGGACUGGGGGAAGCCCUGGCAGGUGUUUACAGUCGCCCCUUCCUGCGGUGAGAACGCUGCUUCCUGUUUCUCUGCGGCUCUUCCCAGCGGGCAGGACAGCGCGUGGUCCUGAGUGUCUCUGGGAGUAGUCCCUCUAAGGAUCUUGAGUGGAGGGACUCCUCUGAUGUUGGCCAGCAAGACAGGAUGUUAAAAUAUUUUGGAGAGAGAGAAGAGGUCUGUUAAGUUUAAUUCAGGGGUCAGCAAACCAUGGUGUAUGGCCCCAAGAGCUAAGAUUGUUUUUUAUAGUUUUAAGGGAUUAUCAAAAAAUUAACAAAUAGGCGACAGAGACCAUGUAGCCUGCAAAGCCUAAGCUAGCUACCUUGCGAUCAGGCUCUUUAUAGAAAACUUUCGCCGAGCCCUGGCCAGUGAAACUAGAAAUCCUUCAAGGGCCAGCCAAAUUCCAAACGUGGGCAAAUGAGUCGCCCUCUUACGUUGGUCAGAACCGGGCCCCCAAGAGUAGCCCAGGCAGGGUCUGCAGGAAGAAGGCUAGUCCGUAUUUCAGCUAGUGGGUAGAGUUUUUGCAAAAACCCUCUCUCCGGAAACUUUUUCUCCCUGGCCUUAUUUUUUUUAUUAAAGUAUACGUUAUUUUACCCUAUCGGAAUUUGUUUUCCCACCACUGUCAACUGAAAUCAGCUUAAAAGGUGAUUAUCCACUUAUUGCGGAAAACCCAGUUGGGUUUCCUCCUCUCUCUCAGCCAACAAGAGCACAGUCUCAAAAAAUAUAUAUCAGGUUCAGUGUUUUGCCAAAUUAAAUUUCAUGUGGUGGAUCAACUUUUGUGUCAAAAUAAUUCUUUAAAUUUGAUGAUGCCAGGCUUAUGUUGGUUUUUUAACCAUGCCUGGGUAUGAUACAGUUUUGAAGACCUUAAUUUUGAAAGCCAUAAUUUUUCUUAUCCAGUUAAAGGGUGGGAGGAGGAUUACGAGUACUAGUGGGUCUCUGGCUUUUGGCAAAGUUAUCCAUUCGCUGUCGGGAGCUAGUCUAUCGGUAUCUAAACAGACCAGGGCCCAGGUACCCAUCAUCAGAGCAAAAUUGAUGGAUGACACUGUAGCCUGGAGAAGAGGGUGAAGGUUCUUCUCUGAGACCCAGAUCAGUGGCACACAAACAUAUGGCAGAUUGCUAUUUUAAAUGUUACACUAACAAGACAAGAGCAUUCUCCCAGGCUUGGAGACACCUUGGCAAAGACAGAUUCAUACCGGUCUCUGAAAAGCCAUAAGCUGUGCCACUUCUUGACCAGUGCUUCACCUGUAAGCUUAGCAGAUGGGGGAGAUUCCGAAUGGAGGCGGCAGUGGUUUAUGCUGUGAAAGUCACUGAUUUUGGUGACCGCCAUCUUCGUGGAAUGCCUUUGUCGAACUAGGCGAGAACAAAAGCUUUCUAAAUAAGCUCAGUACCCUGUGAAUUCAGCUGCAUUUCCUCUUCCACCUCACCUUUCCCUCCCUUGCACUCUCAUUCACGUGGCAUGCCAAAAUUAGAGCGAACUCCUCUAGGUCUUCCUCUUGCAACGAUACAGGGAGGUCUUCUCAUCAAGUUUUGUUGUGUCGAAGAGGAGAGGUGGUCACAGAGAGAGGGGAAACCGUGCUGCCCUUGAUCGGGACCUGACCUUGCCGAUUUCCAUGUCUUUGCCUUGUAGCUACUUCAGGGCCUUGGAGCAAUGUGCAUCAUUCCAUGAACUUCUUGACAACAAGGUUCUUGCCCCCAGUCUCACCUGCCUCCUUGGUCUCAGUGCAGGCACCAGUGCCAGCCUCUCGGCUGCCAGACAGCUCUCUGCUGGGUGGAGGUACCCGGUCCAUCAGGCGAGCAGGUUACUCUGUCCAGCUCCCUUCCGCUCCAUCCCACCCUCUCCAGCUAAAAAGCAUUCCAGCUCUUUCUAAAGCCUUUUCCCUCCUGGAUAAGCCCAGAGGAUGCCUGGGAUGGAGCCAAAGAGGCCAUAGAAUUAACAUCGUCAGGACAACCCUGUACGUCGGCACUGUGCACAGGUGCCAUCCCAGGAGGCUGAUGGAUCCCCUGCUCCCCUGGGGCCCCUGCUCCCUAGUGAGAGGAAAUGCUGUCAUGUAGUCGAGAGCAUGUGAGUAACCUCACCCAAAGUGUCCGAAGAGCGACUUGCUGUCUGUUGGCUGGAAACGCUUGGUGCCAGAACACAUUUCCCAGAACCCUGCUCUGGCUCGCCACCCGGCAGGGCUUCCCCGCACCCACGCGGCCGGCACAGUGACGGCCGCCCCUUCACCUCCGGCAGGGGAGCCAGGCGGGCAGGAGAUUUGUGACAUCGGGACAGUGUGGUGCAGGGUCACCGGCUGCUGUCCCACCCCCAGCGUCUCCCCGACGCGGCAUGCCAAAUGAAGGUACUUAUGGACCCCCGUGCUCAGCUCCUUGGUCUUUUUAUUGUCUGCUCUGCAGUUGAACACGUAUGUGUAUGAGUUCACUCUGCACAAAUAUAUAUAUUUGAAUCUGUCUGUCUAUCACUUGAAUCAGAGCAUCACGUGCAUCCCUCCUCCCUCACAUACACGCACACUGUGUCACCCGAGCUAUGAAGCGGGUCCCCUUGAACGGUCUGGAGCGACGCAGUGCGGUGCUGCCCUCGGUGGGUGUGGAUGUGACCACCUCGUCUUUGUCUUGCAGUGGGUGCUGCAGCCCCGGCCUGUGUCGGUCUCUUAGCAGGAGUCUUAGAACCAGACCCCCGGUCCUCUGCUGUCCUUUCUGUCGGCCGCGCUGCUCACGGAGAUGGCCGCUCCCUCCCUGCCUCCUUCCUGACACUGUAAUUAUUGUUUUACAAUCGAGUGCCUUAAUAAUAGUUUACAAAUACUGUGUAUUUAUGGGCAACCGUUAAGCUCUCGCCUUCUGUGAUUGGAUACUUUGCCUCGUCAGUGGUGGUUGGCGUUUUUAGGGCUGGAGCUUGCCUGCCCCGUGCUUGUGCUGGUCUGUCGUGCGGCUUCUCGCACCUGCCCGCAGCCAGGCCAGGAGCGUUGCUAGAAACGGCGCUGGCGGUUUCUGUUGGCAAGGCGGGCACGGUUUCAGCCACGGCCCGGUCCGUAAUAAGCGAGGAAAGAACGGGAUUGGUUUGCUGGCCAGCCGGGGGGGGUGGCGCGGUCCAGGCUCCCCCUGGACCGCAGCCCAGCCCCUCCCCUGUUCCCCCCAUCACGCAACUGUACUCCUGUUCAGUAGAGUUUUUAUUACCACCUAGGCCCCCCCUGUUUCCCUCUUUACUGGUAUCCUGAGCUCUUUGCAACAAAAUGCAGGUACAGACCGCCAUCAGGAGCUCCACAAGAUGGGCUGCCCUUUGGUUGUCAGAAGCCGCCAGUGGGUUCCAGUGUGUUGUGUUAUGAUAUCAAUGAUUUUUUUUUAUUAUAUUGUUUUUCUUCUUGUUUUUUUUUAUAUUAUAUAUUUAAAAGGCAGUAUCUUUUGUACUGUGAAUUUGCAGUAGAAGAUGCAGAAUGCACUUUUUUUUUUUUUUUACUUCUGUUGGUGUGUACUGUAUAUAGUCUGUGUGCUUCCUGUGAUGAAAAUAAACUUUUUCUUUAUAAAUG